AAAGUCGCGGCGAAAAGUCGCCGCGAGUCAAAUCGCGGCGCUAUCGCCUAGUGUGGCCUUAGCCUUAAGCUAGACACCAGGGUACCUAAAGGCUUGAAUACAAGGUAUGAUCUUACAUAUUUAUAUAACCCAACCUUAUCCUACCAUAUGAAUUUACUAUACUUCCCCCUAUUCAUGAUUAAUAGUGUUUUUUAACACAUGUAAGUUAUAGGCACUAGCUCCAUCUCAAAAUAUACCUCUUAACAGUUUAUUUUGGCUUUUGUGCUUUUUAAAAUAAAUAGUAAUUUUAACUGUUGAGAACUACAUUCCAAACAAUUUUAACAUAUUGAAAUGUAUGUAUUUUAAAUUGUGAUUCAGAUGUUGGUCAGUAGAUGUCACUGUUAUAUUGUCUAUUUAAGGAAAUGGUAUUCUCUGAAUUGUAAGCCUAUGAUUAAGGGAAUCUUUUCCCGAAACUCGGAAGGCAAUGUGGAUCCAUGCAUAUGCAUGCAGCUGCUGGUGUGUGUAUUACACCAUUUACCAGUUUUAUUUUUCUUUGAUAUACUCCAUUCUCUGCAACUUGCACCAUCCGUCUUUCAAAAACUGUCUGUAGUGCCCAAACAUUUUAAAAACACUUCUCAUUUGAGGAACCAUCCAUAGUACUUAAAUUUUGCAGUGGAUCAAGGAUUUCUAAAAGAGUCAUGCAUUCUCCAGUGCAGAAUGUUUUUGUCAUUGGCCUAGAAAUGGACAGGACCAAAGUUGUAUGCCAGUUUUCUUCACUGCAGUGUGAAGCAGUACAUACAUGGAGAAAACAUUGUAAUGCCUUCUCAAGAGGUUAAAAUGUUUACUAGAGGCAUCAAGAGAAAAAGUUGUGAUCCUGAGGAAGAUAAUGACGGACCUCUAGCGGAGUUGAAAACUGUUCCUUCAUAUACUCUUGAACGUCAGUCAUUACUAGACAUGUCAUUGGUCAAGCUUCAGAUCUGUCACAUGCUUGUUGAACCCAACCUUUGUCGUUCGGUACUUAUUGCUAAUACAGUACGGCAGAUUCAAGAAGAGAUGACUCAAGAUGGCAGCUGGCACGUUUUUGAUCAAAGGAGAACUGAUCAGUUUCCAUUAGAUCAUCUGGUUUCCACAGACAUCCUUUGCCAUUCAACCAAAGAACUUGAUGAAGGGGAAAUAAAUGAAGAAUACAUUGCCUACAGUGAAGAACUGGAAGUGCACCAGACCCAAGAAAUUUCUGAACUGCCUGCAGUUAGUACGCUAAAACCAUUACAAAAUUCCCAGAGUAACCUCUGGGAGACUGAAAGCCCACAGGAAAACAAGGUGCAUUUUCAAAAAUCUCUGGAGCAUAUUUUUGAAACAUUGGAAAACCGAAAUGCUGCCUGUGUGGAAGAUUUAUUUUCUGAAGUUGAUACCUCCUAUUACGACCUUGAUACAGUACUGACAGGCAUGAUGGGAAAUUCAAAACUAGGCCAUUGUGACAUGCUUGAAAGCUUUUCACCUCCGUCGACGACCUCCUCAAGCUGCAAGACUGAACACCAUGAGAUUGAUCAUAUUGUUGAGAUUCUGGUAGAAUCUUGAAAUUAUUAUAUGAUAUAUUAAAUAUACAUUUUUUUAGCAACUAAGGAUUACUAGUUGUAAUGGCACAAUUGAUUGCGGUUGAAUCUAUAAAAUAUCAGCAGAACACUAUCAGUGUUUAAUGUAUCGCUAUUCCUUUAGCACAGGGGUCCCCAACCUUUUUUGGCCCGGGGGAGGAGUCAGCGUCCAAUUAAGCACACCGGCGUCCUAUUCGGGUGCACCACAUUAAUUGUCCCCUAAGCCCGGCGGUUGGGGACCCCUGCUUUAGCAGGCACCCUCUUCAGUUAUAAACAGCUAUUGGGUAUGCAAUACAUGCAAGUUUGCUAGAGACCUUUAACAUUUUAUAAGCCACAUUUAUCGGUUCUGUGGGAAUUGAACACUGCCUAGACGUGUCUGGCACGAAAACUGUUAAAUUGCCCAUAUUGCAAAAAGACCUCAUGGAAAGGUCCCACGCAUUCCAGAUAACUGAUCUUUUAUGUCCCUUGUGCUUUUUAUUUAUGCUUAUAUAGAUAAUAAUGUACCCCCUGUUGUAAAAAACAAGGAUAUUAUAAGUCACAGAGGAGUUCCACGACCACAUAAAGGCAGGAGGCCAAUGGUCGAAUCGUGGGACUAGCCAUCAAUGUUGCUUUCGGUACAGAGGAGACUUCGAAUAUCCUCAUAUUUUACAAAAGGGAAUGUGUGUGCACCAUUUAUAAGGAUGUAAUUUACAUUAUUUCCUCAUCCCCUUAUGCAACCUGCAAGGUGAAACAGACUUUAGUGGGGCGGCAAAAGAAAUGCGACUCGUCUGGCACAAUUUCCAGUGUGAAUAAUUCAAUAUUACAUGAUAAGCAGACAAUUUUUUUUCAAAAACGCUCAUUUUCGUUUCUUCUCUCACAUUGUGAGACAAGCUAUAGAGCUGGGAUUCAUCAAAAUCUGUAACAACUCUAUGCAAGCUUUAAAAUACUUGAUUCAAGUCAUACAUGCAGUAGAACACAACAAGUCUGCUAGUUAAAAAGUUCUGGGGUAAAACGACUCCAUAUCUUCUCUUUACAGAUUUAUUUUCAAAAAAUGGGAAAACCGAUGUAAAUUACUGAAAUGUUUUGGUUUUUUUUUUUUACAUUUGUUAUAGAGUGUAUUUGCAACUUAUAUAGCUCCUAAGGAUCUUAUUUUUUUGUUAGCAUAGCUAUGAUUGAUACAUUAUCUUAAGAAGGAAUUUCAGCAUUUAAGUGAGAAGAGAUUACUUCAAGUAAUGUCUUUGUAGAUGUAUUUACUCUUGGAAUUAGAAUUCACAUUUUUCAAGCAAUUUAGGGGGUUAUUUAUCAAAGUCCGAAUUUAUCUCAAUAUUUUCUGAACAAAAACUCCGACAAAAUCUGCAUGGGUUUUUUGAGCUUAUUUAUUAAUACACUUUCCCGAGACUUUUGUUUGUGGGAGAAAAAUCUGUUUUCUCGAUUUUUCCGGAUUUCUGAUUUUCAUCCGAAAAUUUUGAAUUUUGCCUGAAAACUUCAGGGUAUUGGCAAAAACCCAGCGCACAUAAAAAAAUCAUUGGGAAUUCUCCCAUUGACUUGUAUGCAACCUCGACAGAUCUGAGAUGCCGGAUUUUCAGAGACUGACUUUUCCAUCCUCGAGGGUAUAAUAAAUUCCAAAAAUUCAAGAUUCUUUUUUUUUUUUAAAAGUCCGAAUUUUUGCAUUCGUUGUUUAGUAAAUAACCCCCAGAGUGUUACAUAUUUGUUUCCAAUUUGUUAUACUCAGAACAUGGAAGCUGAAGACAAAUAUUAAAUGUGUUUAGUCUCGCAAUUCCUUUAUUUAAAAUUUAAAGUCCUAUUUUUUGUCUUUCUCCUGCAACAAUCACAAUUUGUUACUGUAAUAGAUGGUUUAAUCCUGAUCAUUUGUUGUUGGUUCAUCUUGUUUUACCAUUUAUCAACAACUAUCACUACAUUGCUAUGUACAGAAAUAAAUAAUGUUGCAUUUUGGCUGGGAAGAUGACUUCACAAGGUGCAUUAAAGUCUUUUGUGUCAUGUGUAAACCUCAGAAAAAUGCAUGGGUAAAACUUUUAUGUACACAUACUUGCAACUGCCUCUUAAACAUUUUAGCAUGUUGCUUCAUUUCAGGAGGCCUUACGCACCUGGUCCUUAUAAGUAUUUGUUAAAAAAGUGAUCUUUUUUUUUUUUUUUUGUAAACAUACUUUUGUAAUACAUCAUUUUAUAUGGAUAUGGAAAUCUUGCAAGAAUAGUUUAGAUUUAUAUUUAAACAUAACAUAGUUUUUUAAUAAACAUGAUGAUACUCCUGA